AUGGUGUUCAACGGCGUGAUGAUACUGAGGGUCGCGCACGAAUCCGCCCGCGCGUGGCAGAGCGCGGUCUGCAUUCCGAUCGCGGAGCGGGUGAGCAGCGACCAGCUGCUGGAUCUCGUCUGCUGCUUCCCUCUCCACCAGCUGGGUCGCGUCGCCCUCUUCAUCUGGACCUUUAUCUGCGUGCCCCCGCCCGACUCCAACUAUUACUCCUACGUCUCCGGCGACUCCGACUCCGAUGACGACGGCAGCAGCAGCGAAACCGCCGUCUUUUACAACGACUACAGCUACGACUCGCAUUCCGAUUGA